AUGAAGGCAGUUCCGCUCCUGAUCGGCGCUAUACUUAUUCUCGGUGCUGGCUUGGCAUAUGCACAUCCUCACUCGCAGCACAUUCAGCGUCGUACGCCCUGGAACUCUGUGCAUCAGGCGCACUACCAACAUUACAAGGGUCAAGCAUGGCCAUGCCCGGGAUCUCGUCCUGGUGCAUUACAGCCGUGCAUCAUUCGCUGGUGCUUCCAGAACGAAGAGUCCCGGGUACGACUGGGACAGACCGUCAUGGCAGGCAUAGCUCACUGGAAGCCCGCUGUCGAGGCUUCAUGGAUGAGAUUCGCGCCAGCCGCUAAUACUCCGACCAACCUCUGCACUGAUCCUGGCGUGUCGCUUAGUGCUGUUCGUAUUCUCCAUGAGAGGACCAUAGUAGGAGGUAGAAGCACUCUAGGUUACAUGCCAUUUUCGGAAGAUUUCCUGAAAAAGCAUCAUCCGGACGGCAUACAUCUUCUGGAAUUCAACACGUUACCUCCGCAAGUGAAAGCAAUAAAAGCUUUUACGCCACCACCUGGGCAAGCACCUCACGAGGGAGCACUGUACUUUGAAGUCGGAACGGUGCUCGAAGUUUUACACUCGACCCCCGUGCAAGGAUGGGUCGUAGGCAUAACAGUGGCAGGACGUCGAGGGAUUUUCCCAAUCGACCACGUCGAGAGUACGGGCCUCAGCCUCCAGUACGAUGCCUAUGUGAUGGCUCACGAGCUGGGACACGUUGCCGGCCUCGACCACGAGCAUCAACGAACCGACGCCCGCGCACAUUUCCACUUUGACUGCAGUCAAAUUCAUGGCUACGCCGAAGUCAAAGCGGCAAUCGACGAAAAACAGAAGGAUCUCGGCUACCGGAACGGCGACACGAUUGAGCGAGUCUGCGAAGACUCUGAAAUGGCCAAACGAUACGAAGACGAGAUUCCCGAGUUCGCCAUUGCCGCUUGGAUGCCCAUGGACAGAUCCGACGUCAAUGGUCCCCAACCCAAGUCUGUCAAGACUGAUUUUGACUCUAUUAUGAUCUACAACUCCUACAACCAAAACGACUACAAACGUCUCGCAGGCAAAAACUAUGCUUUCCCGCAAGGUGCUAUCCUCACCCAAAUCGAUCCCUCUGCUCCCAGCGGCAGGAAGGAGAUUCUCGGAGGUGGAAUGAAAAUCGAUCCAGCCACGCAGGGGUAUGAUCUUUCGGGUGUGAAGGUCAGUGAAGGGGAUAUUGCGAGAAUUGCGCAGUUGUACCCUCGAGAUGGAGUGCCUGGACGAGCGGUUGCUUUUAAGCCGGAGUGGCAGAGAGCUCAGCAAUGA